AAUAGCAAACAAAUGAUUGCGUGUUUAUUUUGUGAAGCUCGAGUUUACAAUUUAUUUAUUUAGAAAUUCCAAACAAUAAUGGUCUAAAAUGUACACAUUAAUACAUGGUUUCUACAAGUAUAUUAUUCAAAAAGACGAAUACUGUGUGUUAAUAUUAGGUUUGGACAAUGCGGGAAAAACUACUUAUUUGGAAGCAGCUAAAACUAAAUUUACGAGGAAAUAUAAAGCAAUGAAUCCAAACAGGAUAACCACGACAGUUGGACUUAACAUAGGCAAAAUAGAUGUGGAUGGAGUCAUGCUGAACUUUUGGGACCUAGGCGGACAACAAGAACUUCAAUCUCUCUGGGACAAAUACUAUGCAGAGUGUCAUGCCGUCAUUUACAUUGUGGAUUCGUCUGACAGAGAGAGAGUAUCUGAAUCGAAGGAAACCUUUGACAGGAUGAUAGCAUCGGAGCACCUCUCCGGAGUCCCACUACUGGUGUUAGCCAACAAGCAAGACAUUCCAGACUGCAUGGGCGUGCACACGGUCAAGCCCAUCUUCAACCAGAACGCCCACCUCAUCGGCGCCAGAGACAUCAUGUUGAUGGCCACUUCUGCUUUAAAUGGAGAUGGUGUAGAUGAAGGCAUUCGAUGGCUAGUGGACUGCAUCAAAAGGAACAGCGUUGACCGACCACCGCGGAAUCACGACGACAACUUAUAGUACGACGGCGUCACCUGCAUUUAUCACACGUCCACGGCGCGAAAUACAUUGAAUAAUAAUGAGUUUUCCUAUUUAGAUAAUGCUGUGACUCGAUCCAUUGUUUUGUACAUACUGUAUUGACAUUAAGAAUAAAACAUUAGUAAAACUGUG